AAAAAAAAAAUUCGACUGUUGACGGAGACGGAGACUAUCAGAAGGAUCUAUUGUAUAAGUAUGUUUACAAUUUACAUACAGUCCAUGGUGCAGUGGUGGUAGUACUCUGCCAUAUCUUAUCAGUCAAGCUCGAGGCAGGCAGCAUGACACCAACGUGACACCUCAAGAAGUGCCGCCACUGCUCUGUCCGCUGUGUGCCAUCCCGCCAUAACAGCAUAGUAGCUGGUCAGCCUCAGCCCUCACCUGGUAACCACCACUAUGGCCUCCCGCUACCUGGUGUUUGUGUACGGCACACUGAGGCAGGGCAAGCCAAACCAUUUCAGGCUGUUGGAAGCCAACAGUGGGUCUGCACAGUACCUAGGCCUGGCCACCACAUGUGAGAAGUACCCACUUGUUAUUGCCUCCAGGUAUAACAUUCCUUACCUGCUUGCUGCUCCUGGCUAUGGAAAGCGUGUGCUUGGUGAGGUGUAUGAGGUAGAUGACAAGAUGCUGGAGGUGCUUGACCAGUUGGAAGCUCAUCCCAAAUAUUAUGAGAGGAAGAUGAGGAAGGUGAAGCUGGAGGAGUCUGGAAAAGAGGUGGAGUGCUGGCUGUACCUGCUUCACAAGUACAAGCCAUUCAUGAUGGAGCUCCCCUUCUUGGAUGACUACAAUGCAGCACCUGAUGACCCAGACAAGCAAUACAUGCCCCGGUACUUGAGGGAAAAGGGAAAUGAAAAUGAAUAUUGGUCAGAUGUUAAGGUGGAUGAGUUAACAGCAUGAGAUGGGCUGGAACACGUAGAUCGGAGAGUGUUCUUGUUGGUGCCGGGGAAGACACUGUAUGCAACUCCAUGUCCUUUAAUGAGCUAUUCCCCUACACAGCUUUGUACAUGCAUAAGUAAUCUCUGUCUCUUGAAUUGUCCUUUAAUGAGCUAUUUUCCUGCACAGUCCUGUACAUGCAUAAGUAAUAUCUGUCUCUUGAAUUGUUCCUGUGCCCUAAAAAUUUUAUAUGUAAUCUUCUGAAGCUGUAAAAUUAACAAGCUUUAGAGUUGGAGUUUCUAUUUCUCAAGCAUGAAUAGUUUCUAUCUCCUUGACUAGUAUGAAAAUAGGUUUUGAAAACAUUAUUGUACAUGCAUUCUGUUAAAUAAUCAAGAUUAGACUUAAGACACUUAUUUUUAUCAUAUAUA